AUGUCUCGCUCAGCUGGAUAUUCGGUUGAACAAGACAAAUUAUUAUGUGAAGUUUAUAUGCAAAUUUCUCAAGAUCCAAUUCAAGGUGUUUAUCAAUCAUCAGAUCAUUUUUGGGAACGUGUGGUCGAAGCUUACGAGAAAGGAAAAGAUAUAACUUGGAGUGAACGUUCCAAAAAAUCAAUUCAGUCUCGCAUUCAAAUGAUUCAGAAGGCGACAAAAAACAUGCAUGCAUGCAUUAAGCAAUGCGAAAAUAGAUGUCCAAGUGGUGCUUCAAAUGAUGAUAUUUUUAAUCAAGCCAAACUAAUGUUUAGAGAAGAUUCAAAUUUUAAAGGAGGUUGGAAAUGUGAGCAUAAUUGGAAUAUUGUUAAGAACUUUGAAAAUUUUAAAGAUGGUGUUGCCCGUCCUAAACGUUUAUCUAUUUCAUUGGGUUCUGAGUAUACAUCUUUGGAAUCAGAAAAUCUUACCAAUGAUUCUCCUAUGCAAGCAUCUCCAAAUUUAUCUUCUUCUUCACUAAAUUAUGACGAAGCUAUAGAUGGAUCUCCCUCUCCACGAUCACUUGGGGUAAAAAAGUCAAAACUGAAAAGAAAAAUUGGUGAUCAAACAACAUCGGUUAUCAACACUUUAGAAGAAGGAAAUAAGCAAUUUUUGGAGCAACUGAAGAUGGCAAGUGACCAAAGACAACAACAAUUGGAGAUUGAAAGUAAAAAUUAUGCUUUGAAAGAGCAGAAGGAAGAAAACAAAAUUUUAUUUUGUAACUUGAAUACCUUACAUCCAAAUGUUCGUGGAUAUUUUGAGGCGGAACAAGCACGAGUUAUACAAAAGCGGAAUGAUAAACAACAAAACCAACAAGCUCCUCCUCCAUCUACUUCGUUUGGAUCGUUUGGACAAUACUUUAACGACAUUGGUGGAUCCGGAAGUAAUUUAGGAGAAUAUUAA